AUGUCGCGGCCGUCGACCACAUCGAGCCAUUCGGUCAAUGCUUUUCCGCGUCCGGCUGGCGUCAAUCUGCUAGCGCCCGAGCCCGCUGCCGAGCAGCACCUUUCACCCUCGCGGUCCACCUUUUCGUUUGAGUCGUCGCCCAAGUCGAACCUCGAUGUCCAGCGCGGUGUCAGUUUUGAAGAGCGAAGACCUGCAAGUCGGGGUGUGCAAACUACCAACGGGGUGCAACCUAAUGGGUCGCGCCGGCGUGCGCAAUUCUAUGAAGAGCAAUUUGCCUACAAAGACGGAUCCACCUCGCUUGCUCGAGACCGCGUGAUUAGAGAUGCGCCCAUCAUCGCCGAGCUGCGCACCAAUGUCAUCAUCAAGGAUGAGUACACACUGGUCACGGACCUUUCCCACCAUCUUUCUACGCGGUACCAGCGGCCCGAGUCGUCCAUCAUGAUUACCGUCAACCAUUCUGCGUGCCUCCUACUAGCUGGAUCAUUCGAACCGACCUAUCUCCUCACCAUUAGCGCCCUCCCCGUGCAGCUACAGCCGACCACCAACAAGCGCAAUGCUGCCCUCAUCCAGAACUUCCUGUCCGAAUCGCUCGGUGUACCACUGGACCGAGGAAUCAUCAAGUUUGUACCCAUCCAGGAUGAUUGCAUCGCGACGAACGGCACGACCAUCCUGGGCGAGAUUGAGAGCCUGGAGCGUCAAAUGGGCGAGGAGAACGGAGGAUUGAAGCGGGGUCUCACAAAGAGCUCGAAGCGCUCUGCCGUCACCAAGGCAAAGAGUAGCUUCCAGCUCGCCCGCAACAUCUCCAAGGCUGACCAAGGUGCCAGAGCAGCUGUCACCCCUCCGCUUCCUAGCCCUAGCCCGCUCGACUCCGGAGUUGAAGUCGACCGCGAGGAGUCCGACACUCUGCUCCCGAUCGACAGUAAAUUCACAAAUAAGUCCUCAAUGAACCGCAAGGCCUCCAAGUCGGUCGAGCACAAGUCUUCCAGAGUGAACUUCACAUCAACACCGGCCCCACCUCCUAUUCCGGCGAGCACCCCCACGCCGAAGAUGGGCAAGCGGAAAAGCAUGAUGAACAUUUUCAAGCGAUGA